AUGUCUUCAGAUUGCAAACACCGCCUCUGGGAGACCAAUGGCUCUGGAGAAACAAUCCAAAUCCGGACAGCAGCCGGCGACGGCGAAGAAGAAGUAGACCGGAUCUCGCACUUACCCGACGAGGUCGUCCAUGAGAUCCUCGCUCGCCUACGCUCGCCAAAGGAAGCUGCAAAAGCCAGCAUCCUGUCCCAAAGAUGGUUUAAGCUCUGGCGAUCAUACCCAAUCCUUGAAUUCCGCGAUACCCAGAUUGAAUCGACGCAAUCGGUGAAGGGAUUCGUUGUCGCCGCCAAGGAAAAGUUCAGUCGUAGAAGCGGCGAUACCCUGAUCUCCAUGGAAGCCGUCCGAAUCAAGUUCAAUGGCGAAAAGAAGUGGCCGGUAGAAAUCUGCUCUGCUUUCCUCGAUGACAUGUUGGAGUUGGCUGCAAACAGAUCUCCCCCGCCCCAAGAGAUUAAUAUUAGAGCCGUCUUUGACAUAAACAGUGACAGAGUUCUCAAUUUCGAUGGUUCGGGGACAUACAGCAUCCCACGGGGCCUAUUGCUACCAAAACACUGUCACCAAUUUCGCCUCAAAGCUCUUAAUUUGGACAACUGCAAUUUUGAUCAGUUCAAGGACAUCAAUAUCGACGUGAACAGUGUCCAUAGUAACCCUUUUGUGAGCAUUGGCAACCCCCUCAGUGUGCUUUCUCAGUACAAAGUCAGGUUCCCCGACGGCGGCGACCGAAUUCUGAAUAGCAUCAUAGCCGGUGGUGCCUCUUGCUUGUGGUGUUUGUACCUGUUCCAUAUUGUGGGGAUUCGGAGGCUUCAGGUUCGGAAUCUUCCCAAUCUGAAGUUCUUGUUGAUUGCCCAAUUCCCAGUGGAGGAUUUAGAGAUUACAGGAGUCCCCUUUAUGGAAGACUUGUACAUCAGUGAUGCACCCUUGGGAGGUGACUUUGUGGUGUCUUCGAUGCAAAAUCUCAAAGGGCUAUCAAUUCAUCGGGCAUGCAAAUUGACAGAGCAGAAGUUCGACGAACUGAUUUCGAAUUCCCUAUCUUUGGAGUCACUUUCUCUGGGAGGUCUUGAUAAAGUACAAAACCUGAGGAUUUUAAACCAUGACAAGCUUUGGAAAGUAGAUCUGACUUCUUGGGAUGAAUUGCAAGUGAUUGAAAUGAAUGCUCCGAAGCUCUGUCAUUUCCGAUACUUCGGAAGGGUUGAUUUGUUUAUUAAAAUCUUAGUCGGGGCUAGUAAUUAUCGCAAAGAAGUGUCAAUGGAAAGAUGUUCGGGAGAAGUUGCCUAUUCCAAAAAUUGA